AUGGGGGCUAUAAAUUGCCGAGGGAUUGAUAAUCAGAUCAUCUUCAUCAUGAGGUCGUUGCUGGUGCUGUGUUUGCUGGUCCUCCUGACUGUUGCCCAGGAUGGCGGACUCCGUCCCCAUUUCGGAUACAGUAGCUCUAGGUCGGGGGGAAGUUACCGUCGUCCAGGAAGUGGAGGAUACAGACGACCCUACUACUACAACGAUGACCACUACAACUACCACCGCAACUACCCUUACCAUGUAACAGCCCCUCCUACACUGCCUCCUACGCAGCCUCCUACACCGCCUCCUACCGCACCACCGUUCCCGUCGAAUCUCUACAAUCACAUUCCAGAGGACCUUCUUGGCAGGGCUCUCUGCAUCAUACUAGGAACCGAUACCCUCACCAAUUACAAAGCUUAUCAACAAAUACAGAAGUCCUACGGAAGGAGCUAUACAUACAUCUUUUACAAAAUUUUGCAACUGUUGAUGACUACAUUCAAGCCAAGUCUCAGUGGUUUACGCGAUGAAGCAUUCAGUGACCUGUCAUCAGCUGGUAAGGCGUGGUUAUGCAAUCUCCUUCAAAACAUGCCUAGCAGCUACACAAAAUGUGGCUUCGAACAGCUCAUCGGCGUCUUGUCUGACCAGUGUACGCCUGGGGCCUAUACGCCAACUACUGCAACUAUAACAGCCACGACUACACUACCGACGAAUUUUACAGCCGCAACUACGACAACAACCACGGCUGCUCCCUCCCUCAAUUGCAACGAUCUUUCAACGAUCCGAGCUCUUGCCAAAACAACAAGAAUCAUGGGAGGCAUCGCAAUACAGGAGGGAGCCUACGACUCCUACGCCUCCCUCAACAUCGGGGGCAGCGUCAACCCCGUGUGUGGAGCUACAAUCAUCGACUCCUGCACUAUUCUGACAGCUUCACACUGUGUUGAGUUCCAAACUGCUGAUGAAAUCCAGGUGAAUGUGGGCAACCACACAACAAUAGAAUCAACCACCAUGCUUAACGUCAACAGCUUCGAGAUGCAUGAGAACUACAGCACUCAAACCACAGCCAAUGAUGUAGCGAUCCUCAAGGUCGACCCCAUCGACUUCAACGCCAUCUCCAACACCGCCCCAGCCUGCCUCGCCACCGCCGACUACGCUAUGACAGGACAGGACUGCACUGUCGUUGGAUUUGGAGCUACUAGCUUCGGUAAUCCCAGAAUGUUGUGUGUAUAUCCAUCAAUGUUGUUUGGAUACUUUGUGUGUCAGUCGGAAUUCGCAAUGUGGAAGAGUUCCACGGGAAUUCCGGAAUCCAUGAUCGUUGGUUUGGGCCUGGGGUUGACCUGA